AUGUCCUCGUCGAUCAGUAACUUCAGGGUUUCCCCGGAUUGUCGAUGUGGGAAGAAAACGAAGGUGUGGACCUCGUGGAUUCCAGCCAACCCAGGUAGGCGAUUCUGCGGGUGUGAAGAUUGGGAGGAUGGAGGCUUUGACUUUUUUGCUUGGGAAGAUCCCCCAAUUCCUCGACGUACUGCAUAUGUCCUCCGGAACCUUCGUGAAGAGAAGGAUAUUCUGAUGAAAAAAGUUGAAAAUUUGGAGAAUCAGAGGCGCAAAUGGAAGAUUGUUUUGGAUUUGUGUAAGAAAGUACUAGCAAUAUCACUGUAG